CAUUUAGGGCAUCAGCAGCUGCUAUUCAUCCCUCCUAAAUCUUAAAAAAGCCCAGGCUUUCCUUUGAGAAAUCACUGUAUAAUGUAAAGAGAAACAUUAGAGCGACAAAAGGCAAAUUCUUUUUUAUAAAAAGCUCCAAUUUUCUUGCUGCCCAUCAGUUCAGCAUUUGAAGUCCCAAUGGCGGCGGCGGCGGCGGUAGUAGCAGCGGUGGUUCUGCUUGCGGCGGCAGUGGGGCCCGCAUCGGCGGGAGACCCAUAUGCUUACUUCGACUGGAACAUUGCGUACAAGACCGUUGCCCCUCUCGGCGUCGAGCAAAAGGUUAUUGCUGUGAAUGAUGAAUUUCCUGGUCCAGUUAUGAACUUGACGACCAACUGGAAUGUGGUGGUGAAUGUUCUCAAUAGCUUGGAUGAACCUCUUCUGCUCUCAUGGGUGGGAGUUCAACAGCGAAGAAAUUCAUGGCAAGAUGGAGUUUUGGGCACAAAUUGCCCGAUUCCACCUGGUUGGAACUGGACUUAUCAGUUCCAAGUCAAGGAUCAGAUCGGAAGCUUUUACUACUUCCCUUCAACUAACUUUCAGAGAGCUGCCGGUGGCUUUGGUGGUCUAACUAUUAACAAUCGCCCGGUUAUUUCAGUGCCAUUUGAUACACCGCAUGGGGAUAUCACUCUCUUUAUUGGUGAUUGGUACAAUAGGAAUCAUACUGAUUUGAGGAAGAAACUCGAUGAUGGGAAAGGUCUUGGAGUGCCUGAUGGUGUUCUGAUGAACGGGAAGGGGCCAUAUCGUUACAAUAAUAGUCUUGUUCCAGCUGGUAUUGACUAUGAAACUCUCAAUGUUGAACCAGGCAAAACUUACAGACUUCGAGUCCACAAUGUUGGUAUCAAAACUUGUUUGAACUUCAGAAUCCAAAACCACAACCUACUACUUGUUGAGACUGAGGGGACUUACACAGUGGCUCAGAACUACACUAACCUCGAUAUCUGCGUUGGGCAGUCCUAUUCAUUCUUGGUCACAAUGGAUCAGAAUGCGAGCAGCGACUAUUACAUUGUGGGGAGUGCUAGGUUCGUGAAUGGGUCACAUUGGGAUCGAGUAACUGGUGUUGGUAUCUUGCACUAUUCAAAUUCUAAAGGCAAAGCUUCUGGCCCCCUUCCGGAUCCUCCUCAAGACUUCUUUGACAAAACUUUCUCGAUGAAUCAAGCAAGAUCAAUCAGGACGAAUGUAAGUGCUAGUGGUGCGCGUCCAAACCCUCAAGGAUCCUUCCAUUAUGGUCAAAUCAAUGUGACCCAAGUGUACGAACUGAGGAACAUGCCACCGGUGAAAAUUAAUGGCAAGCUUCGGACAACACUCAAUGGAAUCUCAUAUACUAAUCCAGAUACACCUUUGAGGCUUGCUGAUGCUUUUGAUAAGAAGGGAGUUUACACACUUGAUUUUCCGACUAGGCCAAUUAAGGGUGCACCUCGAGUUGGGAGAUCUGUGAUCAAUGGUACAUAUAGAGGUUUCAUGGAAAUAAUAUUCCAGAACAAUGACACCAUAGUUCAAACAUACCAUAUGGAUGGAUAUGCAUUUUUCAUUGCCGGGAUGGAUUAUGGGGAGUGGACGGAGAAUAGCCGAGGCACAUAUAAUAAAUGGGAUGGUGUUGCUCGGUGCACUAUACAGGUGUACCCAGGAGCAUGGACAGCUGUCCUAGUUUCAUUGGACAAUGUUGGUUUCUGGAACGUGCGCACGGAGAAUCUGGACACGUGGUACCUUGGGCAGGAGGUGUACGUGAAGGUGUUCAAUCCAGAGGGGAAUGAAAAAAAUGAGUUGCCUGUUCCUGAUAAUGCCCUUUACUGUGGGCUUCUCAGUGAUAAACAAAAGGCUCAAAAACCUCAUUCAAAGAAUGACUCGGCAGCUUCUCCAGUUCUGCAUGCAAGUGUAAAGUUUAUAUUCUCAAUGCUGCUGUUGGUUGCAGUUGCCACGUUCCCAUAAAUAGAUUCAGAAGGAAUCUUGUGACUGCUAGGGGAUUUUUCUACCCUUAUUGAGGAACAUUGGCUGGCUUCAUCAGGCUUCGAUUGUGUUAGUACUGUGUAAUUUGUGAAGAUUCUUACUGUGGAUAUGAGUUUGUUCUCGUUCAGUAUUUUCCCCGCCUUUAAACAUCCUUAGAAUUCCCCCCCACUUCAAUAUUCAUGCUCUCCAGCGUUUGACCAUUCAUUCUCCUGAAAACUUGUGUACUAAUGGUAACUAUUUAGCGCAUGCUGUAUCAUUCCUUUUUAUUUAUUAAGAGUUUUUCUCUUUUGAUGAGCUACA